GUGUAACAUUCGCUAGUGAUCGCUCUACCGACCAAUCAGCAUUAAGCUUUCAAGUUGGAUUCGCGCACGGGGGCCCGCAAACAACAACGGCCGAGAGAAGAGCCAGUCACCGUUCGCCUGCCUGCCUCGCUAGUGAAGCUGUGUUAAGGUUAUUAGGACAUCUAAUUUUCAUUCGUGGCUGAUCGCUGCCUGCUUUCAAGGUUUACGGGUGCUUAUCGAUCGCUCUUCUUCGUGCUUCGACCAGCACCUCCCUCCGCUUGUUCUUUUCCGAGCAAUUAAUUCACGUUCCAGCAUGUCAGGGAGAAGAUCAAAUGCUGUCGAAAAGGUCAAGGCCACGGAAGCUGUUGUCAUGAGUGAAGAAAUAGAAAUAGAAAAUGAGUGUGAGAUGCUUGAUGGACAGGAAACUAUUGAACCCGUGGAACACAUGAUAACCGAAACUGAAAAUGAAACUGCUGAAAUAUCAGAAAAUGGACAGGUUGUGGAAGAAAAAAAAGUACUUUCGGUUAGCGGCAGUGGCAGGCGCAGACGUAGGAAACAAGCUGUCAAGAGUGGCAACACUGACCCUGUGAUGAAUGAAAAUAUCCUCGAGAAUGAAAAACCUGGUGAAGAUGACCAGGAGGAGGCUUGUUUUAAGAUUGACAAAGUAUACAGUGUUGCAGGUGAGUCCGACGACCUGGAAAGUUAUGACAAAGUGCAGGUGGGCGAGAAGAGCGUCACCAUUGACAACGUGCAGGAUGAGGACAUCACGAUACAGACGGUGAAGGAAAUCAUUCCCAAGGAUCAGGAGGAAGAGACCAUUGUGAAGGUAGCCACCAAGAAGGCAGAAGUCAAAGAAGAAAGUAAAGAAGCAACAGAGGAAAGUAAAACAAAGGAAGAAAAGCAAAUACAACCCCGUACCCUGCGAGCAACUCUGGCCAAGGUACCCCCCACAUUGGCUGCGGGCGGCGGUGUGGGGAGCGUCCGCAUGCUAGGGGGAGGGGUGCGCGGUACAAACAUGCCUCUUAUCGUCAGUAUGGGUGCUGGCAACCCUGCCAUACCUCUCCUACCAGCGGGCCUUCCUCCUGGACGCUAUGUCAUCCUCCCUGGAAGUUCUACUACAACCACGAAAACAUCUACCGUCACCACCAUGUCUAGCAGCAUGACUCCUCGCCUUGCCACAAGCGUCGCUACCAGCGGCACACAAGGUCUUGUUGCCGCGCAGAAGACCCUUGCUGCCGCCCCACUGGCCCCUCCCACCACACCCCCGGCAACUGUAGGGGAAAAAAUUUACACACGUGAGCGUGGCCGCCGUAAGUCUUAUACAGCGGGAGAAAAAUUAGCCAUGAUCAGAGCGGUUGAAGGAGGGCAACGAAAGAGUGCAGUUGCAGAUCGGUUUGGUGUGGCGCCGUCCACUCUCGCCAGUAUACUGGCACAGAAACACAAGAUAAGAUCUGAACAGGACAAUUUGACUCGUCGUCGCGUCCGUAGGUAUCACCUGAAGGAUGAUGCAGCUUCUCGCACAAGAGUGGUAGGGGCCCAUUCAAGCACCUCCACCAUGCGGCUCAACCCCUCCUCUGACCACCCGUUUACCCACUUCCUUGCCCCCCUUUCCGCACCCACUCCCGCGGUCCUAGACACCCAGCCCGAGGAUAUCGUUGCUGUCCCUGACCUGAUGGAGCGGCUGGCCAGCGGAAGCAGCGGAUCUGACGCAUGCAAGCAGGAGAGUGUGGCCGACGCGGAGGAAGACUCUCGGGAGGAGGAGACAAGUUUUCUGGAGCCUGAGUCUGUGUUGGAGUCUACCUUACUGCAGGAACAGCCAGCGUCCAAGGGCAAAGUGUUCCAACAGGCUGCUAAUACUUCACAAUCUGACGUUGAUGAGCCCAUGUCCCAAGAUGGCCAGCAGAGGACGUCGCCCACUGCUGGCACUUCAGGUUUGGUUGGCCCAUAUCUCUUGAAGAAGGAGGCUCACUGCUCGACAGUGCUUGAUCAGCUGAUGAGAGAUGAGACUUUCACUGAUGUAACACUUACAGCAGAAGGGCAGAGCUUAAGAGCACACAGAAUUGUAUUGUGUUUGGCCAGCCCUUACUUCCGGCAAGUCUUGAGUCGAGAGUUAACUGUCCAAAGUGUUGUGGUUCUACGUGAUAUUAAGUUUUCUGAACUGCGCAAUAUUAUUCACUUUAUAUACACAGGUGAGGCUACAGUUGAUGCCUCUGAACUUGAGUCAUUCAUGAGAACAGCAGAAAUAUUGGAAAUUGCGUCAUUAUGUGAGGGACAGAAAAGUACCUCAAGCCGUGGACCUUUGUCGCAGAAUUCCUAUAGUUCAAGUUUCACUAUUGGAGACUUUGAGAGACUUGUUGGAACAAAAAGGACAAAGAAAGAAGCAUCACCCACUCCAAGCAAAGUUCGAAGACUUUCAGGUGAGGGCCAUUCAUCAAGGUCAUCUUCAACUGAACCAACUGCCACAAUCAACCCCCUGUCCCUUAUAAAAGAAGAACCUGAUUGUGACAACUUGUUUAAUGAUAAAUCUGGCAAAGGAAUCAAUGAAAACACAGGCACCUUAAUUGAAGAGACUCAAGAAAGUGAAAGAACAAGGCGAGAUUCAGGUGAAAGUGUUGGUGGCUUUGCUGCCAUAGCUGGUGUUCAGAAAAGUUCCAGCACAGAUGAGAGGACAGAAGACUUCUCCUCAAUUGCUGAUUCAUCACCAGUUCCUCCAGUAGAUGAUUCGGUAGAACAGAACAUUGCACCAAUUCUUCCAGAUACAACUGCCGUUCCUGGAAGGUGUCCAUACUGUCCACAUCUAGUCCAGAAGUUUGAGGGUGUAGCCAUGAUGCGACAUCUCCUGGUGUCACACCCAUGCAAACCAGCCUUUCCCUGUGAUACCUGCUGGAGAGUGUUUGUCAAAAGAUCAUACUUUAAGAGUCACCAGCAGAAAUGUCAACAGUCUCUUUGUUAAGUUAUAGUACAAAAAAUAACAAGUAUGGAUAAAGUACUGCUUCACUUGUUCAUAAUAAUGUAUGUAUUUCUAAGCUUUCGUGUGUGCAUGUGUGAAUGUUUGUGUACAUGCUUCCACCUACACAUUCAUGGUGCAUAAAUAUAACUUGGAAGAAAUACCAAUGUGAGGCCUGAGCUUUGUAGUUUAGAAUACUCAUGAUCACCAUGCUAGUUUCAUACAUGAUACAAUUCACAAACGGAAAAACUUACAAACUUAAUGUAAGCAUCAGGAUGGAAGGUUAAGGUUAUGAACUAACACAUUAUUUUUCAUGUAUGUUAUAUGUAUAUAUAUAUAUAUAUAUAUAUAUAUAUAUAUAUAUAUAUAUAUAUAUAUAUAUAUAUAUAUAUAUAUAUAUAUAUAUAUAUAAAAGGAAACUUUCUUAAUUUUGAUUAAAUUACAAUUAUGAUCACUUUUUCACUUUUAGAUGAGUACUGAAACUGAAAAACCACAGUGAGGUGUGGUGUAGCAGUCUUGUGGUCUUAAUAAACAUCUCACUUACUGAGAAAUCAAUGCGCUUGUACCUCACUUGCAUUGUACGCCCUUUGUGAUGUCACACUCCUUAAUUUAUUGAUUAAUGUGUAUUGUUGAUUUUGUAUUUUCGUGUUCAUAAUAUAGUUUUGCUACAUAUGUAAGAAUACAGAGUAAUGGAAGUCAAGAAAUGCUUUUGUACUAUUUUUGUAGAUCUGUAGUGAUUUAGUUUUGUACAGAAGACUGCAGCUUUAAUUGUCUUUUUGCACAUUUGGCCCAUCUGUAUUAUUCGGAAAAACUUAGAAUGCCUUGUCAAUUGAAGAUCUUUUAUAUGAUGUUAUUAUACAAUACAUAAAUGCCUACUUUUCUUGUGAUGCAGCAAUAUAUGCACAGUAGUUCAACAUUGCCUUUAUUUUUCUUCAUUCUUCAAUGCAUACAAAUAAUUAUUUCUUCAA